AUGGGCCAAAGUAAGUCCACCCCCCUUUCUCUUAUGGUUUCCCAUUUCCCGGACUUUAAAGCCCGGGCCCAUAAUCUGUCCGUCUCGGUAAAGAAAGGGAAACUGAUCACAUUGUGUACUUCUGAGUGGCCCUCAUUUGGGCUCGGGUGGCCGCGGGACGGCACACUCAACUUAGGGGUAAUUUCAAAAAUCCGAGCUAAGAUCCUCGAUCUGGGGCCCCAGGGACACCUAGAUCAGGUCCCCUAUAUCUUAACCUGGCAAGACCUGGUCCUUGACCCCCCACCUUGGCUCCGGGAUUUUGUUCAAACAGAACGAGAUUCCCCAGAAACAGGCAUACAACAAGCAGGUGGGACCAUCGGGACCCUUGCACUCAGUACAGGAGGUAGGGAAACUGAGGACUCAUCCCCCAAGCCCAAGUCCUCUAUCCCUCCUGUUUUUCAAGAAUCCUCUCCCGAACCCCCUGAGAUUCUGUCCCCUCCCCCUUAUGCCCCAUUGUACCCUCCGUUGGAAGGGGUGGCAGGAGGGGUGCCUCAACCAGAGGUAUCUCAGCUAGGAGGGGCAGCAGGAGGGGUGCCUCCCCCGGCCCUCAGCACUAGGAGCCGAGGCAAGCAAGGGACCCCAGAACCACCUGAACAGACCCCGGGAGACCCAGUUCCGGUGUUCCCAGUCCAGAUGGUGGGGCCUGUGGUUCAAGGGGGACCCCGUAGUUAUCAAUACUGGCCAUUUUUGUCCAGUGAUCUCUACAAUUGGAAAUCCCCAAACCCUCCCUUCUCUGAGGAACCCCAGAAACUCAUUGCCCUAUUGGAAUCUAUUUUGUUCACACACCAUCCCACUUGGGAUGAUUGUCAACAGUUAUUACAGGUACUCUUCACCACAGAGGAACGUGAACGAAUCCUCCACGAGGCUCGCCGACAUGUUCCUGGGAUAGACGGGCUCCCCACAACCCAGCCUCACCUUAUAGAGGCGGCUUUUCCCUCCACUCGCCCCCCCUGGGACUUUGAGCAACAAGAAGGUAGGGAUCACCUACGUGUCUAUCGCCAGGUUCUCAUGGCCGGUCUCCGUGCUGCGGCUCGAAAGCCGACUAAUUUGGCUAAGGUAUAUUUAGUUAGACAAGGGCCUGAUGAGAGCCGNCCUAUGGACCCCCUGGCAGAAACCAGUCGGGCGGCGGUCCUACUCUCAUUUGUCAACCAAUCGGCCCCUGAUAUCCGCCGAAAGCUCCAAAAGAUAGAAAACCUGGGAGAGCAGUCUAUAGGUGACCUCCUUAAGGUAGCUGAGCGAGUGUUUAACACCCGAGAAACUCCUGAGGAAAGGGCAGAGCGCCUACACCAGGAGGAGCGGGAAUACAAGACCAGGCAGCACCAAGAGGAUCGGGAGUACAAAGCCAGACAGGACAGAAAGAAUCAGAAAGACCUAGCUAAGAUCCUGGUGGCUGGGCUGUCCCAGCAACUGCACAAGGAGCUCCCCAGUAAUCGAGGGGGCCGCUCAUGUUGCUUCCAAUGCGACCAGGAAGGCCACUGGAAACGAGAAUGUCCAAAUCGGCCCAGGAUUCUCUGGGCCAAUGAGGGGGAGGAAGAUUGAAGAGGAUGGGACUCUCAACCCCUCCCAGAGUCCUGGGUAACCCUGAAGGUGGAGGGGAAACCAAUGAACUUUAUGGUUGAUACAGGUGCUCAGUUUUCAGUUCUAACAAAACCUGUCGGGGCAGUCUCCUCUAAAGCCAGUUGGGUGCAGGGUGCCACCGGUACCAAAAGAUAUAAUUGGACCACUGGCCGCCAGGUGGACCUCGGUCGCCAUCGAGUUACUCAUUCCUUUCUUGUCAUCCCUGAUUGCCCAGCCCCUCUCCUAGGACGGGAUCUCCUGCACAAGGCAGGGGCCCACAUCCAUUUCUCAAACUCUGGGGUCUCAGUCACAGAUGAUCAGGGUUCACCUCUAUACGUUUUGACUCUAUCCCUCCAUGAUGAGCAUCGCCUCCAUGCAGAUCCUGCCCCGCUGGAAGUUCCAGACCACGUCCGCCCCUGGAUGGACAAGGUAUCUGAGGUAUGGGCUGAGAUUUCGGGCGUGGGCCUGGCCGUCCAGCAACCCCCCAUCAUUGUGGCACUUAAACCAGGGGCGACUCCAGUGAGGGUCAAGCAGUAUCCCAUGUCCUUGGAGGCCCGAAGAGGGAUUGCCCCACAUAUCACUCGUCUUCGGGAAGCAGGUAUUCUGGUCCCCUGCCGAUCCCCAUGGAACACCCCUCUCCUACCUGUCCGCAAGCCAGGAGGACAGGACUUUCGCCCAGUCCAAGACUUGAGGGAGGUGAAUCUGCGAGUGGAGGACAUCCACCCCACUGUACCUAACCCAUACACCCUGCUGAGCUCACUGCCACCUGACCUCAGCUGGUACACCACCCUCGACUUGAAGGAUGCCUUCUUCACCUUGCCACUAGCCCCCGUUAGCCAGCCCUUGUUUGCCUUUGAGUGGCAUGAUGAGCAGGCGCACACAACAGGCCAACUAACGUGGACUCGGUUGCCCCAAGGGUACAAAAAUUCCCCGACAAUCUUUAAUGAGGCCCUCGCCUCAGAUCUGCGGGAAUUCCGCCAGAGUUACCCCCUCAUUACCCUCCUCCAAUACGUAGAUGACCUCCUACUUGCUGCUCCUACCCAAGCGGCUUGUGAAACUGCUACCCAGGGCCUGCUAGAGACUCUAGGUCGCCUUGGCUAUAGGCUGAGCGCUAAGAAGGCCCGUAUAGCCCAGCGGGAGGUCACCUACCUGGGAUAUAAGCUUCAAGGGGGGCAACGGUGGCUGACCCAGGCCAUGAAAGAUACUGUCUUGUGCCUUCCUCCACCAAAGGGACCCCGGCAAGUGCGGGAAUUCCUAGGGUCAGUGGGGUAUUGCCGCCUCUGGAUCCCUGGGUUUGCAGAGAUUGCCCGGCCCCUAUACGAAGGCUCUAGGGAGAAGGCAGACUGGACUUGGUCACCUGCCAUGAACGAUGCCUUUCAGAGACUCAAACAGGCCAUGCUAACUGCCCCUGCCCUAGCCCUGCCAAACCCUGAAAAGCCCUUUCAGUUAUUUGUAGACGAAAAGAAGGGAGUAGCUAAGGGGGUGCUGACCCAACGACUAGGGCCUUGGGACAGGCCAGUAGCCUACCUGUCCAAAAGACUAGAUCCUGUGGCAUUGGGGUGGCCCCCCUGCCUACGCAUCAUAGCUGCUGUGGCCUUAUUAGUCCGAGAUGCCGACAAGCUCACGUAUGGGCAGGCCCUUCGAAUAACCACUCCUCAUGCCGUUGAGGGCAUCCUUAAACAACCACCUAGUCGAUGGAUGUCUAAUGCCCGCCUUACUCACUAUCAGGGCUUGUUGUUGAAUGCCCCCCGAAUCUCCUUCCAUGUGACGUCCGCCCUGAACCCUGCAACCCUACUACCUGACCCCUCACCAGACCAACCCUUACAUGAUUGCCAGGAGAUCCUGGCUGAGACAGUGACGGCCAGACCAGACCUCAAGGAUACACCACUUCCCAAUGCGGACCUGGUAUGGUUUACGGAUGGGAGCAGCCUCAUCCAGGACGGGAAACGACGGGCAGGAGCAGCAGUGGUGGAUGCGUUGGGGAACCUCAUCUGGGCAGCAGCGCUACCCGAGGGAACCUCGGCUCAGAAAGCAGAGUUGGUUGCCCUACAAACGGCCCUUGAAAAAGCUGAAGGGAAGCGACUGACAGUAUACACAGACAGUCGGUAUGCCUUCGCCACCUUGCAUGUCCAUGCACCCAUCUACAGGGAGAGAGGGUUUCUCACCGCAGGAGGUAAGGGGGUCAAAUAUCUGGAAGAAAUCCAAGCACUCCUCUCUGCAGUUUGGCGACCCAAGGCAGUAGCUGUGGUCCAUAUCCCUGGCCACCAAAAAGGAGACUCUCUGGAGGCACGGGGAAACCGAGCUGCUGACCAGGCGGCACGAGAAGCUGCCUUCCAUUCGCCCCUCCUCACCCUGCCCAUGACCAUACCACCCCCUCCAUCUGGGGAUCCUCAAUACUCGAAACAAGACUUAGAUUGGGUGGCACGGCACCAUGGGGUUAAAGACGGCCUGUGGUACAGAGACCCGGAAGGCAACAGAAUUCUCCCUGAAGCUCUGGGACAGCUGCUCUGCGCUCACCUGCACCAUCUUUCUCAUCUGGGGGAGAAGAAACUUGCCCAGCUUCUGGACAAGGGACAACUGAGGUUCCCAGGCCGGGCAACCUACUUAACACAACUCGUAGCCGCUUGCCGAGCUUGCCAACUAAUGCGGUCAGGGAAACCUAAUAGACAUGAAGGACAUCGAGUGCGCGGAGAACGGCCCUGCCAAUCCUGGGAGGUGGAUUUCACUGAGGUAAAGCCUGGAAGGUAUGGGUACCGUUAUUUGCUGGUAUCUGUGGACACCUUUUCAGGUUGGCCAGAGGCAUUCCCAACCAAAGCUGAAACAGCCCAGGUGGUAGCUAAGAAACUGAUGGAAGAGAUCAUCCCUCGCUCCGGGUUCCCGGUAACCAUUGGUUCUGACAAUGGACCUGCUUUUGUGAGCAAGGUCCUUCAGGAACUUGCAGCCGCCCUGGGGGUGGAUUGGAAAUUACAUUGUGAGUAUAGCCCCCAGAGUUCCGGCCAGGUAGAGAGCAUGAAUAGAACAAUUAAGGAGACACUAUCCAAAUUGGCCCUCGAGACUGGCAUAGACUGGGUGACCCUCCUUCCUUUAGCUCUCUUCCGGGCCAGGAAUACUCCUGGCCCACACCACCUUACCCCUUUUGAGAUCUUGUAUGGCUCUCUUCCCCCCAUCCUUCCCCAGGUACCCCGGAUGCCCACAAAGCCCCAAGGGCCAGAGGAAUUCCGAGCCAUGCUCUUGGGGCUUGCAGAAGCCCACCGUGAUCUGUGGCCCCGGCUCAGAGAAUUCUUCCAACCCCCUCCUCUUCCCCCACACGACUUUGCACCUGGAGAUUGGGUGUGGGUUAAACGGCACCAGCGUGCCACCCUCCAGCCCCGCUGGAAAGGUCCGUAUGUCACUCUUUUUGUCACCCCCUCUGUUUUAAAGGUUGAUGGCGUUGGACCUUGGAUCCACCACACACAUGUUCGCCGAGCAGACCCACCUGAGCACUCUGAACCCCAGUGGCUCACCUGGAGCCCAUCCGGCUGCGAGCCUCGCCGGAUAAUCACGCACAUCGGCGGAGCUGAUGAGGUUGGAGGUGACUGCCAACACCUUAAGUUAACUGUCUUGACCCCCUCUGACAACGCCUGGAUCUUUGGACGUACCUGGGGUUUCCGCAUGGUUCAGAGCGGGAAUGACCCCGGGGGACUGUUUUUAAUUAAGAAAGAACCGGUCCAGACCAAGGCCGAAUCUACAUUCCCUAAUAUGACCUCAGAUUGUUGGCUUUGUUUGGGGAUCCGACCCCCUUAUUAUGAUGCCAUUGCACUCAAUGCUUCCUUUAAUAGGUCCUCUCAGGAUAGGCCUCCCGAGUGUCGCUGGGAUGAACGGAAAAAUGGGCUCACUAUGGACUCUGUGUUGGGGGAAGACAUGGUCAGGUACUGGGACCCCCAAAACCGCCCGUCCCCUAGAAUCCGCAGGGAGCCCAUCACUGCCAUUACGUUAGCCACGCUCUUAGGCUUAGCUGGGGUUGGGACCGGCAUAGCCUCUCUCACUCAGCAUCACCAGAGCCUGGCUGCCUUACGAGCCGCGGUAGAUGAGGAUCUGGCCCGAGUUGAGAACUCUAUCACCCACUUGGAGAAAUCUCUAUCCUCCCUCUCAGAGGUUGUGCUCCAGCAGGGCCGUGGGCUCGACCUCCUCUUCCUCCAACAAGGGGGUCUCUGUGCCGCCUUGGGGGAGGAAUGUUGCUUUUACGCUGACCAUACCGGCAUUGUCAAGGAAUCUAUGACCAAACUCCGAGAGGACAUUGCUAAAAGGAAAACGGAGCGGGAAGCUCAGGCAUCAUG